UCCCUCAUAAAUAAUUCAUCCGUAUCCGCUGACGUAAAUCCGCACAUUCCGAACACUAACUAGAUCAAAAUGAAAAGUAAAAGUGCCAAAAUUUACCUCUGACGUUUGGCCUUGGCCUUGGACCUUUAAACGGCUCGGCUCAUCCCACUUUUUCACUCUCUUCGCUCUCAAUCCAGCAAUGGCGAACGUUUUCACGGCAGCGCGCUCCGUCUUCAGCCGGGCUUCGGGCCUUGCCAACCAGCAGCAGAGGUUCAAUGUGUGCCUCAGGUUGAUGAGCACAGGCAAAUAUGAGCACAUCCUCGUCGAGAAGAAGGGCGAAAAGCAGAAUGUGGGUGUGAUCACCCUGAACCGGCCCAAGUCUCUGAACGCCUUGUGCAAUGCCCUGAUGCUUGAUGUCAAUGCUGCCCUGGCCGCUUUUGACGCUGAUGCCUCUGUGGGAGCUAUUGUCCUCACCGGCAGCGAGAAGGCUUUUGCCGCAGGCGCCGACAUCAAGGAAAUGCAGAACAACGAUUUCUCCUCGAACGUCAGGAACAAUUUCUUGUGCCACUGGUCCAACAUGACUAACAUUCGCAAGCCCAUCAUUGCUGCUGUGAAUGGCUACGCUCUUGGCGGAGGAUGCGAAGUGGCCAUGAUGUGCGACAUCAUCUAUGCUGGAGACAAGGCAAAGUUCGGCCAGCCCGAAAUCGCCAUUGGAACCAUUCCUGGAGCUGGUGGCACCCAGAGGCUCACCAGGGUGGUCGGAAAGUCCAAGGCCAUGGAAAUAUGCCUCACUGGAAACAUGAUCAGCGCCCAAGAAGCCCUUCAGCUUGGUCUGGUCAGCAAGGUUGUCCCUGCUGAUAAGUUGGUUGAGGAGGCCGUGAAGCUUGGAGAGAAAAUUUCCUCUCACUCACCACUGAUUGUCACUCUUUGCAAAGAAUCUGUCAAUGCCGCUUACGAAACCACCCUUGAGCAAGGUCUCCGACAGGAGAAACGACUUUUCCACGCCACUUUUGCCACUGAUGACCGCAAGGAAGGAAUGACUGCUUUUGUUGAGAAGAGACCACCUAAGUUCACCAACAACUGAAUCUGAUUAUGAUUGCCAAAUUUUUAAGUGCCUUAAUCAAAAUUUGAAAAAUCUCGCAUCUUAUAUAGAAAAGAUAGAGAAAGAUUUGUUUGUUGGCAUUUUAUUUUGUUUAUUCAGAGAUUUAAAAAUGUAUUUUCUUAUAUAUGAAAGAGUUGCUUUUUGCCCUCAUGCAUUGUAAUAGAAAAAAUAUCAACUUUAGAAGUUGCAGUCGCUUUAAAGACCUAUUCCUGUCUUGCUUUGUGAAUACUUGCUCAGAAGUGCCAUUUGAAAGGAAAUAAAACUUAUCUGUUGCAACA